AAGAGAAACAAUAGGACGGAAACGCAGAAGGAUCUGGCUGUGGCCGCAGUGUCCUACAGAAGCCUAGGAGUGGAGACCAAACAGACCAACACAAAGACAACAGACAGAGGACGCACUGGCCACUGGACCCCGCUGCCUCCCCUUUUUCCCUGCCGCCUGCGUCCGGAGGAUGAGCCCAGCCUUCAGGGCCAUGGACGUGGAGCCCCGCACCAAGGGUGUCCUGCUGGAACCCUUUGUUCACCAGGUUGGGGGGCACUCAUGCGUCCUCCGCUUCAAUGAGACGACCCUGUGCAAGCCCCUGGUACCAAGGGAGCAUCAGUUCUACGAGACCCUCCCAGCCGAGAUGCGCAAAUUCACUCCCCAGUACAAAGCUGUUUUGAUAUUUGUUAGGUUUGCAGAUGAGUUUGGGGCCUCUGGCAACAUAGAGACUAAGGAACAGGGUGUGGUAUCUGUGCGCUUUGAAGAAGAUGAAGACAGAAACUUGUGUUUAAUAGCAUAUCCAUUAAAAGGGGACCAUGGAACUGUGGAUAUUGUAGAUAAUUCAGACUGUGAACCAAAAAAUAAGCUCCUAAGGUGGACAAAUAAAAAGCAUCACAUCCUAGAAACUGAAAAGACCCCCAAGGAUUGGGUGCGCCAGCACCGGAAAGAGGAGAAAAUGAAGAGCCAUAAGCUAGAAGAAGAAUUUGAGUGGCUAAAGAAAUCUGAAGUCUUAUACUACAGUGUAGAAAAAAAGGGGAAUGUAAGUUCCCAGCUUAAACACUAUAACCCUUGGAGCAUGAAAUGUCACCAGCAACAGUUACAGAGAAUGAAGGAGAAUGCUAAGCAUCGGAACCAAUACAAAUUUAUCUUAUUGGAGAACCUGACUUCCCGCUAUGAGGUGCCUUGUGUCCUGGACCUCAAGAUGGGCACACGCCAACAUGGUGAUGAUGCUUCAGAAGAGAAGGCAGCCAACCAGAUCCGAAAAUGUCAGCAGAGCACAUCUGCAGUCAUUGGUGUGCGUGUGUGUGGCAUGCAGGUGUACCAGGCAGGCACUGGGCAACUCAUGUUCAUGAAUAAGUACCAUGGGCGGAAGCUGUCAGUGCAGGGCUUCAAGGAGGCGCUUUUCCAGUUCUUCCACAAUGGGCGGUACCUGCGCCGUGAGCUCCUGGGCCCUGUGCUCAAGAAGCUGGCUGAGCUGAAAGCAGUGCUGGAGCGACAGGAAUCCUACCGUUUCUACUCAAGCUCCCUGCUGCUCAUCUAUGAUGGCAAGGAAUGGCCUGAAGUGGCCCUGGACUCGGAUGCUGAGGACUUGGAGGACCUGUCAGAGGAAUCGGCCGAUGAGUCUGCUGGUGCCUAUGCCUACAAGCCUAUUGGUGCCAGCUCAGUGGACGUGCGCAUGAUCGACUUUGCACACACUACCUGCAGGCUGUAUGGCGAGGACACCGUGGUGCAUGAGGGCCAGGAUGCUGGCUAUAUCUUUGGGCUCCAGAGUCUGAUAGACAUUGUCACAGAGAUAAGUGAGGAGAGUGGGGAGUGAGCUUACAGGAUGUUCCAGUACUUGAGAGACUCUCUGUAUCCCAGGCACAGCUGUGCUGCGUCAGGGAGGAGGCCAGUAUGGCCAAGUGGUGGCCUCUGCAGCCUGGAGCUGAUAUGCAGUGGCCUCUGUGAGCCCCAGCCUGAGCCAGCCCCAGCCGUGCUCAGAGUCAUUAUUUAUUUUAACUAUUUCUUCAACAUUCCACAUAUGAUGAUGCAAAUACCUCUUUCUUCCCUGAGUGUAAAUGUUCUAAUACAAAUCUUUUUGUUUAUUGUA